AUGCGAAAUUUGUGCGAUUAUUGCAGCAGUUAUAGGAAUAAAUGGAAAAAUAAAGGAAACUCUAGAAGGAAGUUGAAAGAAUGGCGGCUAUUCUAUUGCGAUGCUUUUCAAAUUCCAAAACAUUAUCUGCGAGAAAAUAGCAAAAUACCAAAUUGGAGAAAGAGGUGAAAAAGUUUAUCUUCUUGUCCAUUUGCAAAAUAUCAGCUUCUGUUGGAUAUGGGAAUAGAGGUAGUGUCACAACUAGAGAUUUAA